GAGGGGGAGGUAAGUAAUUAUUUAGGGGGAAGAAAGAAAGAAACAAAGUUGUCGACUGAGCAAUGCACACGGGGAGGGAUUUUAUUUAUCUCAAACAAGUCGUUUAGUCCAGCUCCGGUACUAUGGGAUGUAACUGUAACCGGUUUCCUUCAUUUCCUUCUCUCUCCGCAAACUUCUCCGCUACUCUUUCCACGGGAUUUCUGCUCUGAAAACGGGAAUGAUAAAAGCAGCCGGAUGGACGGACGGACUGAGGGGUCUUUAUGUCUAGAGCCGUAUGUGUGUUUCCUGUUGCCUGAGUUUAAGUUAAACAUAGUAUUUACCAUUUUUUUACCGAGCACACUUUGCCCUGAAAUGAAUGGCAGAAGUGGACUUUCUGUGCACAAACGGAUUUAUUUUUCCUGUCUACACUGGAGCCACAUGAAGUGUGCAUCCCGCUGAACCUCUGCGCUUUGUGUUUGAAAAAAGAAAAGAAAAUUCAACAGAGACACCCCCUCACCGCACUGGAGAUAUCAAAGCGACUUUCCUGAAGGUUAUUUCGCACAGUUUGACUAAAAGAGAAGAUGCAGAUGUGGAGCCACAUGAGGGUCCACAAAGGAGGCCCUCCGCGACCAUAGGUCACACCGAAGUGUCCUGGAUGUAUGUUUUUCCUAUUUCCUGCCUGGAUUGACUUGAACUAUUAAUAAUUGUCUAGUAAUCCAAUGGAUUCUCUUACCUGUGCCUGUGGGUUUUCCACAUGAGGGCCAACUAGAUGGCGUUAGUCAUGUAAAACCCUGAAAUGUCUUAAAAGUCUUAUUUAUCUGUUUUGUAUUUAUUGUGUUUGUGUAUAUAAGGGUCCUCUUUUAAAGGCCAGUUUGUUUUAUUUCUAAGUGAGAAUAAGAGACUGCCAUUUCAUUUUUCGUAGUGAAAACUGUAGAUUUACUUGAACAUAAUUGUGUUGUCUAUCUACCCACACUGUAUUUGAGCACAUUGAUCUGUAAUUUAAAGAGCGACUGUGCCCGGACAGGUGAAAAAACGACAAGGCUCCAUCAUGGACAGGCCGAUCAGCAAGUUACUGGAGAAGUUAAAGCUUACAGACUCGGGCAGUGUGAAAUUCAACAGUUCAAAAAAAAAGCAUGACUCUGCCAACAACUCUAAUAACAGCAACGCUAACACUGGCAGCUCUGGAGGCGGUGGAGGGGGCCCCGGUCUGCCACCGGCUCCCAUCUCUGCCUCGCCCUCCAGACCCGGCCAGUUCUCGCUUGCCUCUGCAACCACAAGCGACGCAUGUGUUCCUGCAAGUGGGAGAGGAGGAGGAGGGGGGGGAGGAGGAGGAGGAGGAGGAGGGAUGGGUAUGCCUCCCUCUCAGCUCCUCUCCCCACCGCCUACUUCCUCCUCCAUACCUCAAGAUGGCGAGCAGCACCCCUCCACACUGGCUCCACUGAGGCGUCGCUCCCCCCAGCAGAGAGCGUCCUGCUACCUGGGCGAAGGCGUGGACCUCCACAUGAGGAGGGAGUCCGGCCUGGGCCCCGAGUGUGACAUCUUGGGGGCGUACGGCUCCAAAACGUCCCUCAACCAGCGGCGCUACUCCCUGGAGCUCCAGCAGCUGGUCAGGCGGCGGCUGGGAGAGGAGCGGUUUCUCUCCGCCCCCCCGCCGUACCCUGCCUCCAUGGGCUAUGGUUCGGCUCCCAGAGGUGGCCUGGCAGAACCGGGCUACCUCUCCGAGCCCGAGAGACACAAACGCCUCUCUCUCCAGGAGGCUCUGUUCUACAAACGCCUGAGCACGGGCAGCGAACUGUGGGAGAACCCGAGGCCUGCGUCCCUCUCUAACCCCCCGCACCGCUCCUCUGAUGUUCCUGGAGGUGUGGGAGGGGGGUUCUUCUACCCUCCGGGACCCACCCUGAGCCCAUGCUCUUCGUUCAGCCUGCAGGAGUCGUUGCUGGUCAGCCCCCGGUCCAGCUUCGCCUCCAGCACGGCCAGCGGCGGGGGGGGGGGAAGCCCAAUGGGGAGUCGCUGCAGCAGCAACCGGACCAGCGGCAUCAGCCUUGGCUACGACUCUCGCUACUCGGCCUCUGGAGGAUUCCCCCCGCAGCAGCAGUCCCCCUCCAUGCAGCCCGGGGGUCCUGCGUCGGGGUAUGGAGGUCCAGGACGGUCCGGGGUGACCCCUGUGGAGGCCUGGACCCAGUACCUGGAGGGGGGGAUGCGUCCGGGGGCGUACGACAGCCGGCACUCCUACCCCCCGGCUGUUGGGAGCCCCGGUGCGGCGUGUUUCCAGGCGGGCCCCGAGUGGUGGGUCGAGCAGCAGGCGGAGGUGAGGGGCAAAGAGGGGGACAGGGCCCGGUACUCAGACCUGCCCGGGACCCGGUACCAGGAAGAGCUCACCAGACUUCUGCUGAGAGACAACGCUCUGGCGGGCGGGGGGCUCAUGGAGGGCCUGGCUCUUUCCAAACCCAGCUCCACGGUGGGCCCUGCUCAGCCGGGGGGGCCCCUCAAACCUCAGGAGGAGCCAGGUGGAGCUGGGAGGGAGGGCGUGGAGAGCCGGCAGGAGUUCUUUGGAACCUGUGUGAAGUGUGGGAAAGGCGUGUACGGCGCGGAUAACGCCUGCCAGGCUCUGGAUAGCCUCUAUCACACACGCUGCUUCACCUGUGUGUCCUGUGGACGCACCCUGAGAAACAAGGACUUCUACAAUGUCAGCGGCUCUGUGUACUGUAAAGAGGAUUACAUGUUUUCGGGAUUCCAGGCUAAUGCGGAGAAGUGCAGUGUGUGUGGCCAUCUCAUUCUGGAACAGAUCCUGCAGGCUCUGGGGAACUCGUACCACCCCGGCUGUUUCCGCUGUGUGGUGUGCUCCAAGGCUCUGGAUGGGGUCCCCUUCACUGUGGACCACAACAGCAACAUCUACUGCGUGGCAGACUACAACAAGACUUUUGCCCCGAAGUGCGCGGCCUGUUUACAACCCAUCUUACCGACUGAGGGCAGUGAAGAGAUCCUCAGGGUCGUGUCUAUGAACAAGGAUUAUCACUUUGAGUGCUACCACUGCGAGGAGUGUGGUAAGCAGCUCUCUGAUAAGCCCGGCUCGCAGUGCUUCCCUCUGGACUCUCAUCUCCUCUGCCACUCCUGUCACAUGACCAGAGCGUGCGACACACACAACAUUCCCCCUCACAACACACACUGAUCUAUGCAGCUGUGUACGUCUCGAACAAGCUGGUCUUAACAUGCUGUCAUUCUGUAAUGUGCUUUUUGACCAGUAACGCGUCUUUUCCUGAAGAUCAAACUGCUGAUGUCCAGACAUUUCCACUGAUUCAUUUUAUGGAUCAGACCUUUGUGUCACAUGUACUUCCUGCUGUACUAUUACUGUACCAUAGUUAUAAGGGAACGGGGGGAAAAAAAACUACUGCUUUUUUUUGUUUUGACCCCAAUGUGGCUACUGUUUGCUGUAGAAGAACAAGGGAUUUUGCUAAACUGUUUUGUACAUAUAUUAUCGCUAGCAAACAUUUUGCACUUAAAUUUGACUUUACUGUAAGAUUUGUUACGUGAAUCUGUACAAUUUGGGGAAAAACAUUACUGUAAUUUCUGUAUGUUGUAAUAAAUAUUUUCAUUUGUGUUCAGGUAA